GUGGGACUGCUCGAAGCCCGGGGGCUCUGCCGCUUCUCUAAUUUGUACCCAUAGUCCGGGACAGCCCGCGGAGUCGGGAGUUCGGCGCAGGGAGGAGCGGGGCGGCCAGGGCGCCAAGUCCUGGGUCCACUCGGGUCUCACGGGAACUGAGGGAGCAGCGGUGGAGGGGCGGGUGUUGGCCGCGGACCCGCGUCGCGCCCAGGACUAAGGGGCUGGGAGUGGCGUGGUCACGUGGGGAAGCAGGUCUCCUUUCGUCUAGAGUGGGGGUGCCUAUGGGAAGUCCUUCUUGCGCCCAUCUUUUGGACCCUGAUCCAGCAACUCAUUUGGAUGCCAACCCGGUCCCCAGGGCCUCUUGGCUGCCAACUCCCCUUUCGGCCCCUGAUUCUGUGCUCCUACCCCUCACAAACUGGAUCUACUCAGCUUGGGCAAGGCCUCUCUCCAGUCAUGCCAAAGAGGAAAGUGACCUUCCAAGGUGUGGGAAAUGAGGAUGAUGAAGAUGAAAUCAAUGUUCCCAAGAAGAAGCUGGUGGACCCUGUGGCUGGGGCAGGAGGUCCUGGGAGCCGCUUCAAAGGCAAACACUCUUUGGACAGUGAUGAAGAUGAUGAUGAUGAGGGGUCCAGCAAAUAUGAUAUCCUGGCCUCAGAGGAUGUGGAAGGUCAGGAAGCAGCCACACUCCCCAGUGAGGGGGGUGUGCGGAUCACACCCUUCAAUCUACAGGAAGAGAUGGAAGAAGGCCACUUUGAUGCUGAUGGCAAUUACUUCCUGAACCAGGAUGCCCAGAUCCGAGACAGCUGGCUGGACAACAUUGACUGGGUGAAGAUCAGGGAGCGGCCACCUGGUCAGCGCUCACCGUCAGACUCAGAGGAGGAGGAUAACCUGGGCCAGACACCACUGAGUGCCCAAGCCCUCCUGGAGGGUCUUCUGGAGCUCCUGUUGCCAAGAGAGACAGUGGCUGGGGCACUGAGGCGUCUGGGGGCCAGAGGAGGAGGCAAAGGGGGUAGCAAGGGACCGGGGAGGCCCAGUUCCCCCCAGCGCUUGGACCGGCUGUGUGGUUUGGCCGACCAGAUGGUGGCUCGGGGCAACCUUGGUGUUUAUCAGGAGACAAGAGAACGGUUGGCCAUGCAGCUGAAGGGGCUGGGAUGCCGGACCCAGGGACCCCCUGACCCCAUACCCCAACCUUCUCUGGACAUGUUUGCUGAGGAAGUGGCAGAGGGAGAGCUGGAAACCCCAACCCCUGUCCAGAGAGGAGAAGCAGAAUCACCAGGAGAUGGCCUGGUGGAUGUGAUGUGGGAAUAUAAAUGGGAGAACAAAGGUGAUGCUGAGCUGUACGGGCCCUUUACCAGCACCCAGAUGCAGACCUGGGUGAAUGAAGGCUACUUCCCUGAUGGUGUUUAUUGCCGGAAACUGGAUCCCCCUGGUGGACAGUUCUACAACUCCAAACGUAUUGACUUUGACCUCUAUACCUGAGCCUUCUGAGGGCCAAUUUGGUGGCCCUUUCUUUCCUGGACUCUAUGGAGGAGGCCCCAGCUGCUUCAGGCAGUGAGGAUAUUGGGGGCCACUUUCAGUUAGUUUUCCCUUCCCAGUAAAAGCCUUUAGUUGUGUA